AUGCUAGCGACCGAGCCACCCGUCAGCGCCGUCGCCGGUUCUCGCGCGUUCGGGUUCCGCAGGAACGCCAAGGAGCUUGAUGAGCAGGGGAACACGCGUAUGACCUUGAAGUACGUGCAGCAGCUAUGCAAGGAACAGAAACUGUACAACACUCCGGAACUGAAUGAUAAGCUGUACCUGCAUUUCAAAGGCUUCGCCAAGAUCGAAAACCUCGAAGCAUACACCGGCGUGCGCUCGCUCUGGCUCGAAGGCAAUGGCAUCUCGCGGAUCGAGAACCUCUCAGCGCAAACCGACCUCCGCUGCCUGUUCCUGCAACAGAACUGCAUCGAGGAGAUCGAGAACCUGUCCGCGCUCACGCAGCUCGACACGCUCGCCCUCGACAAUAACCUGCUCAAGCGCAUCAAUGGGGAGGGGCUGAAGGGGUUGAACAGUCUGAAGACGCUGCAGGUUGCGAAGAAUCUGUUGAGGACUCGGGAGGAUCUGGAGGGGUUAAUGCAGGCGCCCGGGAUCACGAUUCUGGAUCUGAGCGGGAACAAGUUGGAGGAUCCUGCGAUUGUGGAUGUGCUCGCGGGGUUGCCAAACCUGGCGGUCCUGAACCUCAUGUCCAACCCCGUCAUCGCGAAAAUCCCAAACUACCGCCGUGUCCUGAUCUCCCGCAUCCCGACACUGACCUAUCUCGACGACCGGCCCGUGUUCGACAAGGAGAGGCUGGCUGUUGAGGCUUGGGCGCGCGGCGGAGUCGAAGCCGAGCGCGAAGAACGGGAGCGGCAACGGAAUGCCGAGAAGGAGGAGCAGAAUCGGAACUUUGAAGCCCUCCGCGACCUCCAAUCCGCCGCGCGUGCCCGUCGUCUCGAGAAAUACGGGCCCGACCCAGAACCCACCUUCACGCCCGCCCUCACGAAGCUCCGCGACUCGAUGCUCGAGAAGAUCUCGCCCGCCGCCCACGCCGCCGAGCCGUCCUCCGACUCGAACCCGGAGAAAGCGCGGAAGGUGAAUGGCGCGCCCAUCAGGCAGUUCACGCAGAUGUCGACGGCGGGGCAUCGCAUCAGCGGGGGUGAUGACGACACGGCGGGGUGGGUCCCUGAGCCGAUGGUCGUUGACGAAGCGGAGGAAGACGACAAUGAGGAGGAGGAGACAAUCGCCAACCAUGACAUCCCACCCCUAGAAGACGCCAGCGACGACCUCACCGCCCUCUUCAACGGCGACGACGCAGCCCCAUCGCUCCCCACACCCAUCGGCACCCACGGCUGGGCGACGCGGCGGGAACGUGCCGCAGCCGCAGCCCGCACAGCCGGAUCCCCCCCGUUCCACAGUGGGUUCACAAGCGGGAUCCAUGAACUCGCCGACGACGCCGUGCACGCUGACGCCGAGAAGACGUUCGUGGCAGCGGAAAACCCCAACCUGACCCUCCGGUCCAGUCGCAAUCGAAGCGGAGCUGUGAGCACACGGGAUCCGAGCGCGGAGCCUCACCCUACGCAGGAUAACCCCUCCUCGGAGCUGUUGCCGCUGCUGGCGUUGUUGGAGAGCUCGGCGGCUGCGUCGGGCGGGUUGGAUUGGAUGGCGGGUGUGGAUAUGAAUACUCCGCCUGGCCCCGCCGCCCCUACGACAGGAGCGAGAACGGACAGGAACGCUGACGAGCAGGACCACGCGGGGGUGGAUGACGACGGUGAUGGUGCCGGGCAGCGUUCCCCUCCCACCGACACGAUUAAGCCACCCGGCCUGCACGCCGAACACCUCGCGACGCAAAUGUUCCGCUCGGCCCCCAACACACCCACAGCCACACCCACCACCCGCUCAACAACCCUCCUCUUCCCAGACACCCCCGCCCCACCCCACAUCCUGCACACAUCCGUCCCCGCCAAACGCUCAGGCGUGCUGGCAAGCCGACGCCUGAUUGAGGAGAUUGAGGCGCGGGAGCCGCAGGAGCCGCUGGAGGCGAGGUUUGUUGUUGGGGAUGAUGACGAACCGGAGAAGGAAGAGGAGGGGUGGGUGGAUGGAGCUAAAAGGGCGUGGGAUUAA